GUAAGGGCGCAAAGCCGUGUCCUCCUCCAUUCAGCCUUGCGCUACUCAAAACUCUACUCGUACGAGUUUUUCCAUUCCUCCAGUUCUUGCUCGCAGAUACGCUCUCGGUCCUUGUUCUGUCCCUCUUCCUUUCUUUAUAAUCCAUCUCUCAUCGAUCCUAGUUUUAUUCAUCUCAGUCACAUCUUCUUCCCUUCUCUGUGGCCUCGCAAUCUUCACCUUCCUUUGUUCGUCGCUCGCCUAACUCUAUCGCCCCGUUUUUCCGGCAUGAUUCUCCCGAUCGCGACCAUCCUCUUCUUCACCGCAACAUGCGUACAGCGUGUUGCAGCAAUCGACAUAGACGUCACCGAUACUGACUCCAUCAUAAACGCCUGCUUUGUGUUUUCUCAUGGACUCAUGUCAUAUUACAACGGAAAUACCUCCGAUGGUACCGUGGGAAAAUUCGUUUCUCCGUACUAUUGGUGGGAAGCGGGCGGAGCUUGGGGCAGUCUCCUAGACUACUGGUGGUAUACAGGUGAUGAGACUUAUAACGACCAACUUAGCGAAGCUAUGCUUGCCAACGUUGGUCCCAACUGGGAUUUCAUGCCAAAAUCUGAGGUUUCCACCGAAGGUAACGAUGACCAGGCCUUCUGGGCCUUCGUAUCGAUGGCUGCUGCCGAGAGAAACUUCACAAACCCGCCAGAUGGCUCUCCUCAGUGGCUCUCCCUCACACAGCUCGUCUUCGACUCCAUGGCUGAACGCUGGGAUACUGCCUACUGUGGUGGUGGACUUCGUUGGCAGAUCUUCCAAUUCAACAACGGUUAUGACUACAAAAACACAAUUUCCAACGCCGGCUUCUUCAUGUUGGGCGCACGUCUGGCUCGCUACACAGGGAACGACUCUUAUGCCGACUGGUCUGAGAAAGUCUGGGAUUGGCUUGUGGACGUCGGCUUCUUGGACCUCGAGUACUACUACUUCUACGAUGGCGCCAGCGUAUCUGACAACUGUACCGAAAUCAGCAAGUACCAAUGGACCUACAACGCCGCAAUCUUCCUAGCGGGUUCGGCCUACUUGUACAACUACACCGAAAGCGAUGUCUGGAAAGAGCGUGUCUCUGGAAUUUUGGCAAACGUCAACGUGUUCUUUGACUCCUCUGGUGUCAUGUUCGAAGCCGCAUGCGAACGUGUUCAGAUGUGCAAUACCGAUCAACAGUCGUUCAAGGCAUACUUUGCGCGCUUCCUCGGCCUUACUGUUCAGCUUGCCCCCUUCACUGCAGACACCAUCAUCGGUCUUUUGCAGUCAACAGUUACAAACGGUAUCUCGCAGUCUUGUGUUGGCGGUUCGGACGGUGUAACUUGCGGAACCACUUGGUUGGAGGCUGGAUGGGAUAACACCUGGGGUCUUGGUCAACAAAUGGGCGCUCUCGAGGUCACGCAGAAUCUCUUGGCACUAGACAAACCUGCACCUUUCACGUCUGAGUCGGGUGGCUCUUCCCCUAAUGUUAACUCAACAGGAUAUCCAUCCUCUGUCUAUGUCUAUACAAACAACAUCACGACCGCUGACCGUGCAGGCGCUGGAAUUUUGACGACUAUUGCUCUGAUCAUGAUGCUUGGAAUGGCUUGGAUUCUAGCCAGUGGCUGAUUCAUCUGAUUAUCGAGCAUUGUUGGGUUUUGAGUUUCUUCUUUCUGUUUAUUUUUGGCGUAUCUUUUGUACUUUUGUGUUUCGAGUGCUCUUGUGUUGUUCUAGCAGUUCUGAAGUACGUUGCGCGUCGCUGUAUGAUAACGCUUAUUGAUUGGGUAUAUAUGAGGACUGUAUGAUUUUUUAGCAGUAAUACGAUAACAAUUAGCUGCCAUAUUACAGUAUUUAUCUGAUACUCAGCUGGGGCUGUGCAUUAGAAUAUUACCGUGAGAUUGAGGACGAUACUCAUUGUGAAGAGUUGAAUGCACGUGAUCUACAUCACUCUUAUGCGUACGACGACCUGAUGCCAGCCGAAAUGUAAUGAACGAAAAAAAUUAUUCUCUCUCUGACCAGUGUAUAAUGAUGCAAGAC